UCAAACUGUCCACUAAGUCUGUUGACCUGGCAACAGAUAACAAUUAUGCGCACGUUAAUGGAACUUUUGAUCCACUGAGAUCUUGUAAUUAGUUCAUAUUUAUCGGUCACAGAUAACCCAGAAAUAGACGAUAGUUGACACAGGAAUGAUUUGACAGAGCAGUGUAGGGAUGCUUGGUUCACUGACAAGCCUACUCAAUGCAACCAACCAUACAAUGGCGAUUGAAAAUUUGCGUAUCAGAGCAUCUACAGCUAGAAAGCCAUUGCCACCAAURUGAGCGUAUUAGUUUAUGGGCCACAAAAUGUUUUGAGUUAUAUCUAGAGGAUGACGAAUCCAGAGUCUCUUAGUGUUAGAAAUUUAUCAAGGAAAGCCAGCAGUGCAAGCAAUUACCAUGGAAGUAAAGCAAGUUUCUACAGUGAUACARCAAGCGUCCCUCCACCCUCGAUCUCUAUUGCAAAGUCUUGUCAAAGACUGCUUAGCCGAGCUCGACGAGCUCUUUGUUACAAACCGAGAUACUUUGGGAAACCUCUCGAAGACAGAUAUAACGACAAUAGCCAGUACUUCCUAGUCAUCGCCAGCCGAUUUGGAAAAACGCAACUGUAUAGAUUUAACAAAACAAAGUCUCUUUAUAUAUUUGGAUAUGAAAGCAAGAUUAGAAGAAUAUGUUUGCAGCUUAUCACCAAUCAGUAUUUCGAAAUGUUUGUGUUGCUUACUAUUAUAAUAAACUGUAUAUUUUUAGCAAUGACAAAGCCUCCAGAGGAGCCAGAGUACGUUUUUGCGGCUAUUUAUACUCUAGAAAUGUUUUUUAAGAUAAUUGGAAGAGGUUUUGCACUUCAUAAAUACGCCUAYCUUCGCGAUCCAUGGAACUGGCUAGAUUUUGUGGUGGUUAUUAUGGGGUAUAUCACGUUUGCUCCAGGCAUUGGUAAUUUAUCUGGUAUUCGUACAUUUAGGGUGUUUCGAGCGUUAAGGACUAUAUCAGCAGUUAAAGGCUUAAAAGCAAUGGUUAACACGCUUCUCAUGUCGAUGAAGAUGCUUGGUGAUGUCAUGGUUCUUACUACAUUCUUUAUUUGUAUCUUUGCGUUGAUUGGCAUGCAGCUUUUUGUUGGUGUUCUUCGUAGCAGAUGCAGUAUUCCUGUUCCAGUCAAUCUAACCAUGUCUUACAGAAGCUAUGCAUCGAAUAGCAGUAUAUGGAAACUUGACGGUGAAGAUUACAUCCUUUGUGGCAAUACAACGGGAUCAAGGCUUUGUCCAGCAAAUUAUAGCUGUCUCCCACACGCAGGUUCAAACCCUAACUUUGGCUACACAAACUUUGACCAUUUUGGAUGGGCAUUACUAUCGAGUUUUCAGAUCGUAACCCUAGACUUCUGGGAAGAUAUCUACAACAAUAUCAUCUAUGCUAUGGGUCCUUGGUAUGUCAUCUACUUUGGAGUGCUGAUUUUCUUUGGUCCAUUUUAUCUCGUCAAUCUAGUAUUAGCAGUAGUUGCUGCAUCGUAUGAAAGUGAAGUACAAGCAAGCAAACUGGAAACAGAGGAAGAACGAGCAGAGCAGAAGCGAGUUAGUUCGACGUAUUCGGUCCGUCGUUCAAGCAUAAUGAGCAUUGUGUAUGGACAGAACGAGUCAAUUCUUGAUGAGACCCUUCAGAAUCAAAUGUAUGAUAUUCCAAAGGUCACUCGUAGCCUAACGUCCCAGUCAGAGGACGAUGUUACAAGCGUCAUGCAAAUAAAAGAAAUUGACAACAUAAAUCAAAAUCAAACUUUGCAUCAAAACUGGAUCAUUAAUUCAUCGACGCGAGAUUCCUCUCCUAGACAUUCGCCGCGAUCUGAAAAGUCUUCUUCAAUCAUAGUCGCGACGAAACCUGAGCCUAAAAAAGACUCUGUUCAUAUUGUUCGAUUGAAGAAACUUCGAAGAACAAUCAAGCGAGUUGUGAACAGUAAAUACUUUGAAGGAUUCAUCGUGUUUUGCAUAUUGUUGAAUACAUUGUUCAUGGCUAUUGAAUCACAUGGAAUGAAUCCAGUAUUACGGGAUGCUGUUAACAUAGCUAAUAUUGUUUUUACAUUUAUUUUUCUCAUGGAGAUGAUUUUAAAGCUUUUAGCUCUGGGAUUUAAAGUUUAUCUCAAUAAUAGAUGGAAUAUUUUCGAUGGCUUAGUUGUUAUUAUUAGCGUGGUUGAUUUUAUUGUGGUUCAAACGCAAGGGACUGAAGCCACAGGAACCAGUGUACUCCGUGCCUUUAGAUUGCUUCGAAUACUUAAACUAGCUAAGUCCUGGAGUACAAUGUCUAGUCUACUUACUACUAUUGGGAAGAGCUUAGGUGCAUUAGGAAACCUUACAGUCAUCCUUGGCAUUAUUAUAUAUAUUUUUGCUGUUGUUGGUAUGCAACUAUUUGGUUCAUCUUAUACUGAGGAUAAAUUUGACGGGGAAAUUCCAAGGUGGAAUUUUGUCGACUUUUAUCAUUCAUGUCUGAUGAUUUUYCGUGUACUCUGCGGUGAAUGGAUCGAGCCGUUGUGGGACUGUAUGAGGGCAACAGGACCAGUUGCCAUCUUACUGUACAUACCAGCAUUUCUCAUUGGAAACUUUAUAAUCCUUAACCUUUUCUUGGCAUUACUUCUGAGCUCUUUUGCAAGUGAAUCAGCUCAGAAGAAAGUCAAGAGAAAGACCAGUGUCUUUAGUCGUAUGAGAAGGACCUUACUCGUCUCAAGAUUUAUAACGAGAAUUGGCAAAAGAACACAAGUAGUUCCCGACAUCVUUGUUGAGGGUACCGACGAAAUACAAACGAACUCUACGCCAGAAAAUAACGGAGCUGUUCCGGAAUUAGACGAAUCAAAUGGCAAYGAAAAAGAAAAAGCAGUUGGRCAAGAAAACGACAAUUCAACAUCAUAUGGUAUCUGUUCCCUUGAUACUUCUCGUUACAAAGUAGACCCGUGYCUACCACCCUUCUGUUUGUGCUGUGCGUGUUGUAAAAACAACAAUUGCGCAUGUGCAYACUGGCAGCUCAUCAGGUACAAAGUCAAGGUUUUUGUAGGACACAAGUACUUUGAGUGGUUUGUGSUUCUCUUGAUUGCCGCAAGUAGUAUAGCUUUGGCGUUUGAGGAUGUGAGCAUCGAAGACAAGCCAGAAAUAAAAGCAAUCCUCUUCAAGCUCAAUGUUUUCUUUGCUGUUGUUUUUACACUUGAAAUGUUGCUGAAAUUCAUAGGUUUAGGAAUAAUAUCUUAUUUCUCUAACCCUUGGAACUGGUUGGACUUCAUAAUAGUAAUCAUUUCUCUGAUUACAAUCACUGGAAGUGAAGACAUAUCGUUUAUGCGCUCACUGAGGACUCUUCGAGCCCUUCGUCCCUUGCGAGCUGUCUCAAGGUUUGAAGGAAUGAGGGUUGUAAUCACCUCAUUGUUCAACGCAUUUCCUGGAAUAGCUAACGUGUUGUUGGUUAGUUUGAUGUUCUGGCUUAUCUUCAGUAUCAUGGGCGUACAAAGUUUUGGUGGGAAAUUCUACAAAUGCMUUGAUGCAAAUGGCAACAAGUUUCUACCGAGCGUUGUUCCCAAUAAAACUACUUGUAUUGCUAAAGGCUAUCGAUGGGUCCGGUCAAACAUACACUUUGACGACGCUUUAAAUGGGUUUUUGGCGCUGCUGCAAGUGGCGACAUUUGAAGGAUGGAUGGAGAUAAUGGAGGAUGCGAUAGACGCUACAGGGGUUGACCAACAGCCCAGUCGAGAAGCUAACUUUGUUGCUUACUGGUACUUUGUCGUGUUUAUAGUCCUUGGAACUUUCUUUAUUCUAAACUUAAUCAUUGGUGUCAUCAUUGAUAACUUUAACCAACUUAAACAGCAGAUGGAGACUGUGGGAUCAAUGGACGUUUUCCUUACCAGCAGUCAGCGCAACUGGAUGAACGCACUUAAAAGCGCAGCAUCAAAGAAACCAAAAAARCGAAUCCAAAGGCCAACGAACCAAGUUCAAGGUGCUCUCUAUGAUAUGGUUCAGUCACGAAAAUUUGAAGUGUUUAUUAUGACAGUUAUAACGAUCAAUAUGGCGGUGAUGAUGAUUCAACACUACGACCAGACGCCGCAAAUAGAAACUACACUUGAAAUCCUUAAUUUGGUUUUCACUGCUAUAUUCAUCCUAGAGGCAAUAUUGAGAAUUAUUGCUUUGAGAGUUGGCUACUUCUUCAGUCCUUGGAACUGUUUUGACUUCACCAUUGUUAUCUGCUCAAUCAUUGGUAUUAUCUUAGAAAAUCUGAAACAUGCUCUUCCCAUCAGCCCAAGCUUACUUCGUGUCGUGCGAGUCUUCAGAGUUGGACGUCUUUUACGGUUCUUUGAGGCAGCAAAGGGAAUUCGUCGUCUUCUUUUCUCGUUGAUAGUAUCGCUACCAGCGUUGGUCAACAUUGGGACGUUAUUGUUUCUUAUUAUCUUCAUCUACUCUGUCAUUGGGAUGUCUAUAUUUGGAAAUAUUAAAAAGACAGAUCCUUUAAAUGAUGUUGUUAACUUUGAAAACUUUGGCAGUAGUUUCCUUCUUUUAUUUCGUAUAAUGACGUCAGCAGGUUGGAACGAUAUUCUGAACCCGCUAAUGUUACAGCCUCCUGACUGUGAUCCGAAUUAUAAAAAUCUGCCCAACGGUAACUGUGGAUACAAAUUGGUGUCAAUACUGUUUCUUGUCAGUUUUAUUGUUGCGAUAUUUUUGAUUCUGAUCAACAUGUACAUUGCAAUAAUCUUAGAGAACUAUAAUCAAGUUAUGGAACAAGAAAAGAUAGGGAUCACCAAUGAAGAUAUUGACUUAUUUUACCAACAAUGGGAGAUAUAUGACCCUAAUGCUACUCAAUUCAUUGAGUAUAAAGACUUGUCAGACUUUGUUCAUCAUCUUGAAGGAAGUCUACGGAUCCCUAAACCCAACAAAGCAGCGUGUGCUUUAAUGGACAUACCGCUGGUUAACGGAUCGAUUAUUCAUUGUCUUGAUCUCAUGCAGGCUUUGGUCAAGAGGAUUGUAUCAAGAUAUGAGGACGUCAAUUCAGAGGGUUUCCAGCUAAUUAUGCAAAAAAUGGAAGAACGAUUUCGAGCUGCGUUUCCCUCGCGUGAUAAGCACGUGACAACACAUACAACAAUGGAAAUGAACCGACAGCUGGCAGCAGCAAGGGUCAUCAUUCGUGCAAUAAGGCUAUACCGAGAAAGAAAACUCUUAAACGCUUUACAAGCGCAUGUGCUUGAAGAAAAAGGGAAAGUUAAUGAUGGGUAUUCUAAGGAAGAUGAAGGAAGUAAUGUAAGUAUGAUUGCAGAGGUCAAUGAAAAUGAACUAGAGAUCACUGGACAAGAAGUACCGUCGCAUCUCGAAAACCAAGCUGGCAUUUGCUGUGAAGACGAUGGACAGGUACAAYCGUUAGGAGACCAGUCCCUCACGGUAGCAAAAAGACGAGGUUCAGUGGUAGCAUGGGCUGCGGAAUCCUUGGGAAAUAAUGUAAGUGUAGCUGCAAAUGCCAAUGAAGAAGAAGAAAUAGAAAACAUUGGGCAAGAAGUACCAUCGCAUUCCAACAACCAAACUGGCGUUCGCCGUGAAGAUAAUGAGCAGCUACAACUGUUAGAUGACCAGUCUCCUACGGUGACAAAAGAGCUUGGUCCAGUGCUAGCAUGGGACGAGGAACCCGAAAAAACAAACAAAGAAAUGCUUGAGCGGACUGAUAAGCCGGAUAAUGUCAUAGAUCGUUGAGGAUGMUUCACUGAUGUACUAGAUCACGGAGUGACUACCUUAGAAAAUAGGGAGAAUARGGAGUCAUAAUCAUCCCAAAAACGUUGACUACCAGGUUCGAUACCUGGUGUAUAGGCAUUUYGAUUCCACAUCUUAAAAUUCAAUAUCUGACAAAAACUUAAUAUAUUUUUGACGUCGCUUUUAACAAAUGAAAAGCUCAAGAUUAUYAAAAAGUUGAGAAUAAUAAUGCAAAUAUAUCAUCAUUAUUGUUUGACACUACAGGAGAACUGACUUGUGGACUGGUAUACUAACUAUACGCGAGGUUUCUAUUUUCUCAAGAGAGGUCCACUAUUCUUGGCUCAUAAAAGAAGACGCGAGUGGUYCCACGUAGAUUUUUACCGCAGUGAGAUAAAAUUCGUAAAAAAAUAAUCUCCUCGCCCAGUCGAAUAAGGAAAGCAUGCAAGGCCAUAUGAUUUGUAAUGCAUACUUUUCUUGAUACACGGAUAUGCUAUAAUGGAUCCCUAAUACUGUAAACACAAAUUCAAUACGAGAUGAAUUAAGAAAAUAAUAGUACAAAUACAGAAGUACAAAAAUAUCAUUAUUUAUAAACGUCGAGAAUCGAUCGUGUGCAUAAUUAUUUUCACAGUGAAUCUGACAAGUACUGUAAUAAAGGUACAAAACAAAUACAAAAACAUGUGACUGUUCUCCUUAGUGGUGGGUGCUGAAAACUCAGCUAAGGCAUAAAAAAGGAUAAUAGAGAAUAAGAAAAUCGGGAAACAAUCCUAUAUUUUCUUGA